AUGAAUGAACCGGUACCUGUUCUACCUCUAGGAGACAUUUAUUCGUCCCACACGAUUUCGCAUCAGACACCGCGUUAUCUUGAGCUGGAGAACAACUUCGAAAAGAAGUUUAGCUCAAAGCCGCAAUUUAUUGCGCGCGCGCCCGGUCGUGUAAAUAUGAUUGGAGAGCAUAUCGACUAUGUGGGCUACAGUGUGUUCCCCUUGGCUAUUGAGCGCGAUAUCCUUAUGGCGGUAACUUUUGAGCCUGGCAGUCACGACCUUGAGGUGCAUCUCGAGAAUGAGUCGAGCCGCUUUUCACGCUCUACAUUCCACUGUGACUUGGCCAACCCAAAUACCAUUGAGUUGGUGCACAGCGGAAACACGCGCUGGGCAAAUUACUUCAAGGUUGCUAUGCGUGGUCUGAGUCACCAUUUGCCAUCGGACAUUCUUUCCAAGGCAUGUGGUGUUCUAAAGGUGCUGGUCACUAGUGAUCUCCCACCGGAAAACGGUUUGAGCUCUAGUGCUGCGUUGACCAUUUGCAGUAUCAUUGCUGUUGUGACAGCAAUUGGUGCCCGGGAGCGUGUGUCGCGUGGUCUUUUGACAGACAUCACCAUUUCGAGUGAGCGUCUGGUCGGCGUCAAUUCAGGCGGUAUGGACCAGGCUGCCUCCAUGUUCGGUGUGAAGGGCUGUGCUGUGUCGAUUGGCUUUGUUCCAGAGCUCAAGAUUACGCCAAUCCCCUUACCGGCCAGCGAGGACUAUGUGUUCUUGGUCACCAACACGAUGGUGGCUUCCGACAAGAAAGUAAUGGGACCAGUUCAAUACAACCUUCGUGUGGUUGAGACACAGUUGGCUGCUAGGGUCAUGGAGAAGAAACUGAACAUUGAUGCGGAAAUACCACAGCGUUUCCGUCAUACGCUGCGAGCUGUCUCGGAUACCUACUGGGAGACGUACCCAGAAAAGUUCGAUGAAAUGAUUCAGCAGUUCGAUGAUGUGAAAGCCGCAUUCGACGACUGUGGCUGGAAGGCUGCACGUAUGCAGGCGAUGUUGAAUCUAGUCGAGCAGAAUCUGCCACGUCGUGGCCUCACACGGGAGGAAGUGGAAGACUUGGUCGGUGUAUAUGGCGUCGACUUUGAGAAGAAGUUUUUGAAGAGGUUCCCUGUCAAGACGAACAAGUUCUACUUGCAUGCCCGUGCGUUCCACGCCUACUCGGAGGCUCUGCGUGUCAUCCAGUUCCGUACGAUCUGUGAGCGUGCGAACGAGGCCAUUCAGCGUGGCGAGGAGGUCGACGUUCACCGGAUCUACCAUCGUCUUGGUGCCAUUAUGAACGGCAGUCACGAAAGCUUGAGGGUAUCAUACGAGUGCAGUAGCCCUGAGCUCAACAUGGUCGUGCAUCUGGCGCGCCAGAACGGUGCCUUGGGCUCCCGUCUGACAGGUGCUGGCUGGGGUGGUUGUGCAGUGAGCUUGGUCCCCAAAGCCAAGGAACAGGCUGUAAUUUCCGCCGUGCGUCACACCUACUUUGGCCAGCGCUUUGGCUACCUGACCCCAGCGGAGUUGGAUGCGAACAUGUUUACCACUCACCCAUCUCAGGGCGCGUGUAUCAUUAUGACAUCUCCUAAGUAG